UAUAGGUCUGAUCUACAGUUUAGACUUUUUUUUACAAUGAAAAAUACACUUUUUAAUGGAGUUAUUCCGUUCAAGCAGGCUGAAAUAUGUAUUUGUUAACACUCCACUAUGGAAAAACAGCACGUCCUCGAACUUUUUAAACUAAAGGGAAAGAAUCCACAAAUAGAGUGUAACUUUCGAAUGUCUGAUAAUGAAUUUCCAAAAACAUUAGAUCCAGAGAGAAUAAGAUACCUUAAAAGUCUAAACCCAGAACUUGAAUCAUCAUUGGGUCCUAAAUGCGACUUAAACUUGCCAUACAUUUGCGAUAAUUGUCUUCAUCGAGUUUUGCACGGCAAGUUUUCGAGUUGGACCAGUGGGAAUGAACUAAUUGAUAGCUUCAUACAGGAAACACAACUUUUUUCUCCAUACGAACGGUAUCCUGAAUGGGUUCCACACAACUCUUUGUCCCAAAUAAAGAAGAUUGGUGAAGGUGGAUUUGGUACGGUGUUUUCUGCAAUGUGGAGUUGGGGAAUUAAAUCAUCUCUGGAAGAAGAGGAUAAAUAUGAUAAGACGAGAAAAAAUGUAUAUCAUUAUCGAACUGGUCCAUGUACAGUUGCUCUAAAGAAACUGAAAGGUGAAAUGGAAUUUACGCAAACAUUUCUUUUAGAGGUUCAAGCCCAGUUCGAUUUUUGUCAUUUGUACGGGAUCACACAAGAUCCCUCGACAUUAGAAUAUAUGUUUAUAAUGCGUUUUGCACCACAAGGUGAUCUUCGACGAUAUUUAUUGCGAAAUUUUGAUAACCUUACAUUACCGAAUAAGUUGGGUAUAGCCCAAACCAUAUGUGCUGAACUUGAAAAAAUUCAUGCAAAAGGAUGGGUCCACGGUGAUCUCCAUAGCGGAAACAUUCUUUUACUAAACGAAGAAAAUGCAUUCAUUUCCGACUUUGGAAUGUGUCGACCAACUGAUACAGUAGAAGCAAAAGACAAAGUGUAUGGGGUCAUUUCCUAUAUUGCGCCAGAAAUAAUUCGUGGCAAUCCAUAUUCUCAAGCAGGCGAUAUUUACAGCCUUGGAAUUCUCUUAUGGGAGUUAGCUUGUGGAAUCAUUGCAUUUGCGGACCGUUCUCAUGAUGUAAAUCUAAUAUUGGAUAUCUGCGAUGGUCUUCGCCCACAAACAUGCCAUUACUCUCCUCUAGUAUACAAUGAUAUUAUAAAGGUGUGUUGGGAUCCUGAUCCUUCGAAACGACCAUCCGCGAGUGAAAUAUUAAUAUCCAUCGAAAGAUUGUGCAAAUUUAGGCGGUCAAGGGAUGAUUUUGGAUAUCCAAAUAGUGAAUAUCUAAUUGAAAUUAGUGGUGAUUUUUUUAAAGAUUAUCAGUCAGGAUUUUUUGAUCCAGAUUAUGAUUUAAUAAAAUAUUCUGAUAGUGAAAUUCAUCAGCAGUUGAAAAUUGCCCACAAAGCCUGUCGAAUUUAUAUUAAAAUGAAAUGGAAACCGAAUAAACCUAUUCAUUCAGAAGCCGUUUACACUAGCCGUUCAUUUAGUUAUAAGAGUUUGCAGGAUGAGAUUGAUAUCUUGCUAGUCAAAAGUAAUCGAUCAUCUAUUGUUGGAUAGUAUUACUUUGUAUCUCCAUUACUGAAAGUAUCUUAGUUAAUAUGCUGAUAUUUUAUUAAUGUGACUAGACGUCAUCACUUUUGCGAAGAAACAAAUAAUGAUAAUCAUAAUAUUAAAUAGUUUUUAUGUCGUAUAUCGUAACCGCGUAAUUUAAUAACAUAUUUUUAUUCUUAU